AUCUGUUCCUGUUUUUUUUUGGACAGGGCGUUGCCGCCCCACGCUCUACAUUGCUGGACACGACAUGCAUGGCUCUUCUCGCACCAGACAUACACGUAUAGGUAUUUUUCGAAUGUCGGAGCUUCCACCAGAUGAUGGUUCAUAGUUCAUCUGAAUUCAGGACCUGGGAGUUGCACUGUGGAUCCUGGUUUCCCGACCGCAGAUCUCUUCGCCGGGAGCUUUGGUCGGAAGGAGGGAUCCUAUACCUCCUGCCAGCCCCAGAACAGAGAAGGUCAUCGUACCUUACGCUGACUGAGACUUCACGAGUGAACCCAACACGAAUUGCUUCCCUCACUGUCACCGUCACCAUUCCGUGGGCCAGCUUGAGAGUUGCUUACCUCAGGGGCGUCUUAUUAUACGGAGGGCUUCGUACAGAGUUGUAUAUCCGUGGGAAGGGAGCGAUAAGAAGUGGGAUCCCCAGCGCAUCUGAUAAGAAGAGCGUAUUCGCACAAAUCCUCCGUCGUGAACGGCUUCAGAAGCCGUUUUACCUUAAUGUUGGGUCGUCCCAUCGAUCGUUAGGCUUCUUCUCCCGACCGAAUAUCUGCACCUGGGCAGACACCUCUCAGCUGUCGGGUGCAACCCCGCUCCGCUGAGCUCCGUCACUGCUCUGUCCAAGCACUUCCUCCCUUAUUAUUACCCGCCACCCACCUCCUCCGGAACAUUGAUUGUUGGAAA